UUGUGGGCUUUAGUGAAGUGUACAUUUGACUUGUUCACAUACCCUUACCCAUCGCAGCUGCUGACAGACUAUAUAUGUGCCCAUGGUCCAUGGACAUGGAGAGGAAGAAAUCUUGCAGGUGCCAAUAUAUAAUCGAGAACAAGCAUACACACAAUCGAAACCAUUGGUUGAUCAAUGCCAACAAUGGCAUCAGACACCACUAGCAAGCAGGAGCAACCUUCCAACUCGCAGGACGUGGCAAGUGUGGAGUUGCAGAAGCUACCUUCCAGUUCCAACUCGCAUGACAUGGUGAAUGUGGCGAUGCAGCUGCCUCCAGAGCUGCUAAUGGCCGCAAAGCACGGUGACUGGAGGAUGCUAGAAGACAUUAUUAUGGGCAGGGAAGGUGCAACGGUGCCUCAUCAAGUCAUCGUUGAUAUCGGUAGCGAGGAGGCUGUUGAGCACUAUGGGUCGGACUUAGUCCUCCAUGCUGUCGCGUCUGGUGGAGACAGCGAGGAUCUCUUGACAACCUCAACGGUGAUUUUCGGCAAGGCCAAGCACCUUCUUGGCGCGCGCAAUGCAAGGGGUGACACGCCUUUGCACUGCGCUGCUAGAGCUGGGAACAUCAGAAUGGUCUCGCAUCUCAUUGAGCUGGCGAGAUGCGAAGACGACGGCACCUCGAGGCUGCAAGUGGCGCUGAGGAAGGAGAACAAGCAAGGGGAGACAGUCCUACAUGAUGCGAUCCGCUGUGCCAACAAGGAAAUGGUCUGUUUGCUAAUGUUGGCAGAUGCAGAGCUAGCACGUUUUCCACGCAAUGGCGUCUCGCCACUGUACCUAGCCAUCUUGUUAGGACAUGAUGAUAUUGCAGAGCAUCUGUAUGAAAAGGAUAACCACCUAUCUUGCUCUGGACCCGACGGACAAAACGCCUUGCAUGUUGCAGUUCUUAGAAGCGAAAGGAUGACAAAGAAAUUACUGGAGUGGAACGAGAACCUUAUCAAACAAGGAGACAGAUUGAGCGGAAGAACCCCUCUGCACUUUGCUGCAUCAUGGGGGCCUGAGACCAUAAGAAUGGCCAUGCUACUAUUAGAUGCUGACAAAUCUACAGCUUAUCAAUCCGAUGACAAUGGAUCAUUCCCUAUACAUGUGGCAGCCUUUGGAAACAACCGUGCUGUCGUUCGCGUUCUACUGAAAAAGUGCUCCAACUGCGCCCAACUACGAGACGCCAACGGCAGGACAUUCCUCCAUAUUGCUGCAUUCAAGGGCUACUGGUUAUUUGUUUGGUGGAUUAUUUCUGUUUUCUUGCGACGAAACCCUAAGGGCGCUUGUCAGGUGCAGAGGUUUCCAUCCAUCAUGAAUAUGCAGGACAAUGAAGGCAACACAGCAUUACACUAUGCUGCCAUGGCAGGGCGGUCCUGGACUAUGUAUCCUUUUAUUUGGAACAAGGAGGUUCAGUUAAAUCUACAAAAUAACAAAGGGCAAACAGCGCUGGAUCUUGCACAGAGCAGGAGGCCUCCAGGGGUUUUCUUCGGAUUGGUCGUGCACUACCGGAUUCGCCUUGUUUGCUGA